GUAAUCAUAGAUCUGUUUCACUACACUUUUUUUAUUCACUCAGAAUCCUCUCCGCCUCUGACAUGAGCCAAUGCCUAGGUGUACAGCAGCAGCACGCUGAUUUGCUUCAGUAGGAAAGUAAGGAGAAACUACUUCCAUCUUCCACCAGCAUUUUCCAACUCAUCCGUGGCAGCCAAAGAAAGCUAUCACCUAGCUUGUCUAUUUAAUACCAGCUGCUGAAUACUGCCUGCAUGACAUUUCCAAGUGGGACACGGCAAUAUCGAUACACUACAUCCAUUUCUUCACACUGCAGCAAAUAGACAUUGUAAGGCACAAGGCACCACUUACAGUUCGAUGGAUGUUAAAUAAACACGUUUCAUCCAAUUCUAUCAUAUGGAAUCUGAUAAUGAAGAGUUUUCUCCGGGGGAUAAUGAAAUGGUGAACUCACAGUCCGGUUUUGUGCACAACCAAGAGCUGUUGGCUUCGUCAAUCAUGCAGGACCAAUCAAAUUUGACAUUUUCUUCAGGAUCUCUAGAUAAUGAAUGUUCCCCCGUCAAUCAACCAGAUGAUGGAAUGCUAGAGCAAACAGGUUCUGCCUCCUCCUGUUUACACAUGGACACCUAUGGAAGCCACACCAUUGACAUUGAAAUUCAGGGGGAAAGAAAGAACUCAGAUUCUUCUAAGACUCCCAGUCUAUCAUCUCCCCAAGAACACCUCCAAAUGGGAUUCCCAAGCAAAUCCUCCCCUAGAGAGGUAUUCAGAAGUUAUAGCUGCGAUGACACAACAGAGAGGAGCUACAGCAAUUUUAUCAAGGACAGAAAUCAGUUUCAUCCGUACAAGAGGCAGUUUAGUGAUGUUUUCCCCAAUACACUUGAUUCUCUCUCACUUGUGGAGAAAACAUUCAAAGAAAUGCACAGAGUAGACACUUUUGAAGAUGUGUGCUCAUCACCUGGACCUGAACUCAUUGAGCCAUUUGUCCCACAUGUGCCGGAUAUCUCAGCAGAACAAGCAUGGUGCAAUUCAAUGCCAUACAACUCAACUCCUGAUGAAGAUUCCCAGAUUAUGUUGGGCUCAGUAGUCAAAAUAAAGUCUUCAGCUUUGCGCCAGCAAGAAAAAGAGCAAAGAAUGUACUGGUCCCAGACACAGGAGAUAUAUUGUACCCCACAAUCAUUUCCACAGUAUUCCACUGGGGGAAGUUACCCCAUGACCUACAUUUCGACAUCUCAUUACCCUUACCAAAGGAUCGCACCUCAAGCAAGUAUGGAGGCCCAGCAGCCCCUCUAUCCAAAGCCAAUUUAUUCAUACAGCAUACUAAUAUUUAUGGCCCUGAAGAACAGCAAGACGGGAAGUCUGCCUGUGAGUGAGAUUUAUAAUUUUAUGACAGAGCACUUCCCUUACUUUAAGACAGCUCCAGAUGGCUGGAAGAAUUCCGUGCGGCACAACCUCUCUCUGAACAAAUGUUUUGAAAAAGUAGAAAACAAAUCUGGAAGUUCUUCCCGUAAAGGGUGCCUAUGGGCCCUGAAUCCUGCCAAGAUUGAUAAAAUGCAGGAGGAAUUACAGAAGUGGAAAAGAAAAGAUCCAGUAUCCGUGAGAAAAAGCAUGGCAAAGCCAGAAGACCUUGAUAAGCUCAUAGGAGAGAGAACAGAAAAGUUGAGGUCUUCCCUCUUGGCACAUAGUGCCGCUGGCCUUGUGAACUCCCCCACUAUGCAAUUAUCAAUGCAGACGCCAAUGUGUGAGACAACUAUUUCCCUAGUACCUGUACCAAUACAAUCUGUGCAUGACAUUUCAGCAUCUUUGCAUGACAACACACAUCUUGCGAGGCAACAGCCACCAUGUUAUACGCCAUUACCACAUGACAUUUCCCAGAUCCCACAUGCUAUGAUCCAGCAGCCCCAUGGCAUUUCCCAUAAUCAUUUUUCAUCAUCUGAAAAUCAAAGUGACCUGAGAGCUCAACCCAUCAAUCCACAGGACUCCCCAAUCCCUGCCCACACCCCGCCACUCCAGACCAUGAAGAUGCUGUCGGAACACUCGCCAGCAAGGAUGGUGCAGGAGAACCUCACCGAAGUGGAGCUCAGUAAUGAUAUUGACAAUCUCAAUCCUUCUCUUACAGAUUUUGAUUUUCAAGGGAGCCUUUGGGAAGAGCUUAGAGAUGACAGCCUGGUUUUGGAUCCCCUAAAUCUUGUUUAUCCCUCUCCAACACCACCUCCUCCUCAAUAUUUCCUGCAUAACCCAGCCAGCAAAGGAUUCAGCAAUGGGACUGGCUCCCCCAGCAAUAACUCAAGCAUGAGUUAUGGAGACAUACAUCUCACCACUGUGUAUUCCUCAUUCGUGGAACUUGACAAGCAAAUGCCGUCGUAUCUUAGUACAUGUGGGAGCAAGCACGUCGCAAUAGUUUGACCAUAUACACAACAUCUAUACCAUCAUCUGAUAAAGAAACUUUCUGCAACCCCAGUUACAUUCACUUUACAGAUGGAAAUACCUUUGUUAAAUAAAAGACAUUUUAGUUGAGUUACAUCUGAUUGAUGUUCCUGGAAAAACAACUCUUAAUUCUGUCUUCAACAGUGAUUUUCUAAAAAACUGAUGAACUACCAAAGUAAUGCACCAAGGGCAAAAGAAUAAUAGGCCCAGCAUUUACACUGCCACAAAUGAAGACACUUCAACAGCUUAAAGAGAUGAGACAUAAAAACGUUGAUUGCUGCCUAUACAGACUGAACAUCGGCUUUUUAUUAUAGGCUUAUCCCAUUUGAUGAUGGUUAAAAAUUGCAUUUUUAUUAGAACCCUAUUAUUAUGCAUUUUUUAUUGCACCAUAUGAAUGAUUUUUGGAUUAACGAAUAGAAACAGGGCCCUUAUUUAAACAAUCAAAUUUGCAAAACUGUUUUUAAUGAAUUUACAUUGCCCAGAGCUUUGAUUUCACAUGAAUUUAAGUGUACAAAUUCAGUUUAGGUAAACAAUUAAGGGUCGAUUUAUUGACAUCUGGGUUUGUGUUUUGCCACAGUUUGAGAUUGUGUUUUUUUGCCACAAUUGCAGGUUUUCUUUGCAGGAGACACAAUUUUUUUCUCUAUAGCAUUUCUGCAGGUUUUAGGUGGCGAGAUUUCGAUUUUUUCACAUUUUGUUAAAAAUAAGGAUGAUGUUUUUAUCUUGGCAUGAACACAAACAUGAAAAUUAAUAAAUCAGCCCCUUAGGAUUCAGCCAAAUCCAGAUCCUGGAAAAAAGUGCCAGCAUUUGGCCGAAGCCUGGAUUCAGUAUAUGCCUAAUUAGUAUUUGUAAUCAUGGAUAUUGCUUUAUUGCUAAUAAUGUAGC